AUGGCUACUCUGAAACGCAAGGCGCCUGAAUUGUCCGAGGCUUCAGAUGCCACACCCACCGGGAGACCAGUCAAGAAGCUGCGUCUUACGCGAAGCCAGAAACAAGCGCUCAUUGACAACCUCCAGCUUGAGAUCACUGAGCGAGCGCGUAAGCUGCGUGCUCAGUAUACUCUCCAAGCUCACGAUCUCCGUGCUCGUCUCGAACGACGCGUCAACCGUAUUCCCGUAUCUCUUCGCAAAGCCAACAUGGGCGAACUCUUCGAGAAAUACGCCGCUGCCACCCAAGCCACCUCACCUAUUCGCAGGAUCUCCCCUAUAAAGGCCUCGCGUGCGCCAAUUUCUAUCGAUCAAGCUCUUUCGCCCUCUAGCACGCGUGAUGGCCGUACGCGACGCACUAGCAACGACGGCUACUCCGAUAAGGAGAAUGCACCAGCAGGCGGUACACCAGAGGGACUCAAGAACCCCAAGCGCCGAGGCAAGGCCCCAGCCGCGAGCGGCACAUCGCGCAUUGUCUCGCAGGAAAUGCGAAGCAACAAUCACCGAAUCCUUUCUCCCAAAUCCUCCAACUCUCGAACCUACCCUCAGUCUCCGUUCCGCGCAUCUCCAGAAAAGGGCCAGCCCUCGUACCUGUCCCGGCCCAUCUCUCCUCUCAAACCAUCCAGCCCUCUCCGCGCUCCUGCCCCGGGCUCCCGUCCCCGUGGCGCCACCACUUCCAACGUCCGAGAUGUCCCAUUGUCAUCGCAGAUCAAGAAGACGACAGCUCGCUCUGCAACCGGGCCUCGAGCUGUCAACUCCCCUCUGCCUCGACCUGCCACUCGCCAAGGUGAACGCAAGAACAGUUUCUCGUCAACGACCUCUUCAGGCACGACCGUGGCAAAGCAGAACAAACCCGGACUCGUGGGCCGCAAAGCCACGACGGGCACAGCCGCGUCUACGAAGAAACCCCCAGUGCCCCGUGCGCACGCCGCUUCACUGGCCGUCAAGAAACCAACAGCCGCGACUGCGGCAUCCGCAGUGCGUAAGACUACCGCCCCUGCAUCUACUUUGGAAAGCUCGACAAGGGCGACAAGGGCGCUUCGCAAGCGUGUAUAA